AUGUACACAUCGUCCGUCAUUCAAAAUGAAAUCAUUGAAUUGUGUGGAAAUGCCAUCCAAAAGCAAAUAAUUGACAAAGUUAGACAGUCAGGUUUCUUUGCUGUACUUGCCGACGAAGCGCAAGACGUAUCGCGUUAUGAACAGCUAUCCCUUUGCCUUCGCUAUGUCGACUGCUCUUCUCGAAAGGCUCUUAUUCGAGAGGACUUCGUUGGAUUUGUACACAUACAUGAUUUUACAGCAUCAGCUUUAGCUUUGACCACCAUGGAAAGUCUCAAAUCGUUCGGAUUAGAUUUGGAGAAUUUAGUCGGUCAGGGCUAUGAUGAGGCGGCUGUAAUGAGCGAACGAUUUAAAGGUAACCUACGGAAUGAACGAGAUUUCUCAAAUCUUUUUGAAGAAGCGAAACACUUAAGUUCAGCUGAUCUAAGUGUUCCAAGAGUAACUGGAAGACAAAUAAACUGCAGUAAUAUACCAGGGGACACACCUGAAGUUUACUACCGGCGGAAUAUAUUUUACCCAUUUAUCGAACAUGUAGUCACCGAAAUCGAGGCUCGCUUUAAGUCCCACGAAGAAUCAAUUUCAGGAAUUCAGUUGAUUUUACCAGACCGGACCCAAACCACUGACACAGCAAAGAAAUGUAUUGCAAGAAUAGGGGAAAUAUUUCUUAGUGAAGCUGAAAAGAAAGUUGUGGUUAGCGAGUAUGAACUUUGGCACAACCACUGGUGUAAUCAAGAAAUGCCCUCUACUGUCUUAGAAGCAAUGGAUCGAUGUGAUGAACUUUUCUUCCCAACGAUAAGGCAGCUUCUUCAAAUCUUGGCAACACUUCCAGUAUCAACUGCCACGCCUGAGACCAACGGCUUACAGGAUUCGCGCUUAUGA